GUCAGAUAAAACACUGAAUAUACCAAAAUUAAUCAGCUGUGAGGAGGAAGUUAAAAGUGCACACAAGAACGAUUCACGCCAGGUAGUUUGCAGUUUUAUUUAUACUCGUUUGUAUACUCUUGUAUUUUAUGUAUUUGUCUGUCUGUUGUCUGAAAAAUGCAAUAUAAAAACAAUGUAUUACUAUAUUUAGUAUUAUUAUACACCAGGUAGUUAUACGAGUUAGCUGGAUCUUUUACAAGUUACUGUCGCAUUCAUGACGACAUGAGGUAGGUUGGUAAUCUUGUCAAAAUGAAAGGGGAAGUAAAACCGUGAAACAACUUUUACCAACCAAGGUUUCGGUUGCCGAAGAAACAGCCUAACAACUAAAAUAAGCAUGGAAUCAACGAAGAGCGAUGUUACAUUCUUCAUCCUAACGAAGACAAUUAAUUCCAAACACGUCCAACCGGGCAGCUUAUGCCAUAUCUCAAAUUACAGAUAUGAAUCUGAUUACAUCAAUCAAAAGAGAACCACAAUACUUGUGACCUGCACGGGCUCCAAUAGGGAAGAAGUAGUAUUGAUUAGUGACAUGGUUCCUUUGAGUACGAAAGAGGCUGAAUUGCUUUAUGCCUUAGACGGGAACGAAACCAGACUGAAAUGGUUUCAAGAGAAGACAGCGUUGAAAUCAGCUGUGGGCCUCACUAUAGAUACUCGAGUCACUGUCAUAGGAUACAAACAGGACCUUCAAGGAAUCAUUCGUUACAUUGGACCGGUCACAGAAUACACAUAUUCUAUGUGCAUAUCAGGGACGUUUUUUGGUAUUGAAUUGCAGGGAAACGACAAAGGAAAAGGGCAGUAUGGUGGGAUCACGUCAAAGUCCUUCUUCCACUGUGAGAAUAACAAUGGCCUCUUAGUGCCAUUCUCCCAAAUCCAACCUAUAUUGCCUAGUUCCCUUACACUGUCAACCCAGCAGGCCUCCUCCCAGAAACAGUCCAACCUAAUAACCAAAGGAGAGACUGUUCGCUACGUUGAUGAUAAAAGCCAGGCGUUAUGGCUAGUAAUGGGAGUGGGGGACCAGGAUGGAGAGCCGAUGGUCAACAUUACCACAGAUAAUAGAACCAUCGACGUUCCAAUGAAUUGUGUUGCCAGGGUGAUCACAGAACACAAAGCCCAGCAGGCCUCCUCCCAGAAACAGUCCAACCAAAUAACCAAAGGAGAGACUGUUCGCUACGUUGAGGAUGAAGGCCAGGCGUUAUGGCUAGUAUUGGGAGUGGGGGACCAGGAUGGAGAGCCGAGGGUCUGCAUUACCACAGAUGAUAGAACGAUCAAUGUUCCAAUGAAUUUUGUUACCAGGGUGAUCACAGAACACAAAGAGCCCAAUUUGUUCCUGGGUGCCAGCGCGGCCUCGGUGGAACCACAGACAUAUUCUGAAACGGUUCUCGGUGUGGACUCCCUGAUUGAGUUCAACUUGGCUGAAGGUGUCGGCUAUGGGGUGAUCCGCUGGAUUGGUGUGGUGCCUGACCGAAAAGAUACCAUGUGUGGUCUGGAGCUGGAGGAACCGCGUGGCACGAGCGACGGCACGUUUAAAGGGAAGCGCUACUUCAGCUGUCCACCGAAGAAAGCCUUGUUCGUUAAGCUGGAAUCCUGCCGGCCAGACACGCGCUUUUCCAUUCCAUCGUCGGCCAAGCCCGGCAUUACGUUUGCCCACCAGAAACACGAAGACGAGGACACAAGGCACGAAGGCCCCUGUGAAACCGUUGAGCAUAUCCAGACAGACCAGGUGGACCGGAUUCUGAUUGGUCGGAUGAAGGGCAUCCAGGGCCACUGUAACUCCUGCUACAUGGAUGCUGCCCUCUUCAGUUUGUUCUCUUGCACCUCUGUGCUGGACUCCCUGCUGUUUAAGACGCUGAAACCAGAAGACGAAGAGAUCCAGAACACCCUGCUACGCGACAUCGUCAACCCUCUCCGCAGUAAGGGUUUUGUGGAAGGGAGACACAUCAUGAAACUACGGCAACAGCUCUUAAACCAUGGUUACAGCCAUACCUUCACCACUCAUGAGAAAGAUCCGGAAGAGUUUCUGACCAUCAUCAUGCAGCACAUUAUGGCGUUGGAGCCACUUCUGAAACUCUCCACAGCUGGAAGGGUGCAGGAGAGCUACUGCUACCAGAUCUUUCUGGACCAGAACCACAGCCUGGUUCUGCCCACCAUCCAGCAGCUGCUGGAGCACUCCUUCCACAGCAACGGACUCAAACUUGCGGAGGCACCCUCCUGUCUCAUCCUCCAGAUGCCUCGCUUUGGGAAGAAGUUCAAGAUGUUUGAUAAAAUCAUUCCGUCUCUGGAGCUGGACGUCUCUGACCUCCUCACCGAAGGUCCUCAAUACUGCAUUCUCUGUGGACAAAUAGCCCUAAUAGAGUGUACAGAAUGCUUUAAAGACCCCGUCUUCAGCCAAACAGGAUUCAAGGUCUUCUGCGAGACCUGUUCUGCACAGGUCCACUCCCCCUCCGAGCGUCAGGCUCACCGCCUCAGCAAGCUGCUGCUUCCAAAGGGUUUCCAAGAGUCCCUUCGUGUUCCCCCGGAGAAGAUGGAGCUGUUUGCUGUGCUCUGCAUCGAGACCAGCCACUACGUGUCCUUCGUCAAGCACGGACCACAGAGCCAGGACUGGAUCUUCUUCGACAGCAUGGCGGACAGGGAAGGGGGACUGGAUGGAUAUAACAUCCCCGUGAUCGAGGCCUGUCCCGAGGUGGGAGAGUACCUGGACAUGCCCCCUGCGGAGCUGGCCAAUCAGGUGCCUCGGGACAUGAAGGGAGUGGCCAAGCGUCUGUUCUGCGACGCGUACAUGUAUCUGUACAGGAACCCUGCGUUGGAAUUUUAUCGCUGACGUUUUGAUAAAAAAUAACAUACAAGUAUGAUGACACAAAAAUAUGUGCACCAGAAGUCUAUGCAAUCUCAUAAUCAUUAUGUUUUAGAUUAGUUAAAUUAGACAGGUUCAUUCUUUGUAUCCUUUGUAUCCUUUUGCUCUAUAAUCUGACGAUACUGCACUUUGAGUUGCAUCCUCCCAACGAUAUAUGCAUAUUUUUCUUUAGAUAUUCACGAGCAUUAUUUGUUUAUUUGACUAGGAUAUUUACAUCCUAAUUUCAUUCUUGGGCAAAUGGGUUACUCCAUGUUGGUGCCCUCAUGGUAAGAAUCUAAUUUGAUUUGUUUUGGGAACAUGGACCAAUCUACUGAAGAAUUGUGUAUGUAUAUUCCGAUUAUUUCAAUAUUUAUUAAAUGGGCUUGUUGGGGUUUUAGGUUAUAUUUUGGUCAUUUUACAUAUGGUCAUAUCUUUUUUAUUUAAUUCAAAUUGAUUGAAUCCUGUAUUAAUCAAAUCUGUAAUUGUCUUAUCCGAGCUUUAUAAUCUUUACAAAAAUAAAAUAAAUAGGAAAUACACUUAUCUUUGAACAAAAUGGACUGUAUUGAUGCAGGGGGGUGGCGGGGGGCUUAUAUCUUGCCCAUCUUCAUCUUUGCUACAACUGACAAGCCUUAGGACUAAAGCCCGAAAUAUAAUUUCAAUGAGGGUUAGAGAUAGUCACAGCGACUUGUGGGAGGCUGGUUUAAUGAGGUGAGUCGUGUGGAAAUGCAAUCAUUCACGUUGUAUAUUGCUGACCAAUAACUGGAAGCGGACUAUGGGAGGGCUUGUGGGACACGGACGAGUUCGGCUAAGGACCCUACACACUGCAGCCAUCGAAGACAAAUGCGGUGCUUGAUUUGGUCCCAAACUUUCCAUUUUGACUGCAAAUUAGAAGUAUAGCAAGGCCUUUAGUCUAGACAUGCCAGACCGACAGAUUGUCUUUCAUUAAAUCACGCAUCGUGGAUGUUCAUAUUGAUCAUUCAUAAUGAUUUAUGAAGUGUCAAUGGAUUUGAAGCCCCUUUUCAGAAACAGAAAACCCUCAUGCGAACAUGAAUGUAGGCUAAUAAUUGCUAAUGAAUAGUUCAUGUAGAACCAAAUGAUACGUAUAGGGCAUGGGAUAUUACGAGAUGAAUUUUGCAGAGUUUUAAGGUGCUAAUUUAUGCUCCUUAGUCCAAGAACCGCAGCUGGAGAGGAGUCCUCUGUGGCAGUGGAUGGUUAAAUCUGUCAGACGCGAAGAGGGUUGAACAUCGAUCUAUGCUGUAAACCGUCUUAUAAAGGAAGGGACUAGAAUAGUUUACUCAUGAAUAAAAGAUCAAUGGGAGGCUCGCAGGACGGGGAAAUGUCAGGGCCGAUGGAAAAGAUUGAGGAAGGACGGAUGGAGAGGAUGUGGGCCUAUUGUUUGUGUGUCGCAACGUGAAGCAGCAGUCAGAGUGCAUUUCAUAUUUUCUUCUGUGAUGAAGUAUUUCCAUUAGCCGACACGAGGACAUUAGCAGUAGAGGAUGUAGGAUGUAGGUGUGAUGGGACUUUGACUGCAUUUUUGGCGUACAUACUGACUAUGCUUAGUUAAGUGCUAUUAGUUGGAGUAUUGUAUAAUAUAUAGUGAGAGUCAAUUUGUAGGCUAUUCUAUUCAUACAGACGGUUGGUUCCAUUUAUAUCCUUCCUUGAAAGUUAAAAAAAAAAUCAUUCAAUCUAUAGAACAGAGAAACAAUUAUUGAUUAUAUAGGUCAUUAAUUAGUCAUUGUCUGAAAUAAUAAUUUUAAGUUUUUAAUGAUCAUAGACGAAAGAUAGGCUACUAUAAAUAUUCUUGGUGUUUUCCAGAGUUCAAAUAAAUAUAUUAAUAGAUAUCAACCGUUUUCCCCAUGGGAUUCCUUGGCAGCGUCUCCUCUACUCUCUUUCCAUACCGUCCAACAGGACUUGACCUAUCUCCGGACUCGGAGCGCCUUUGAUGUAGGAUGUAUGGUUCUCGUCAGCGUUAAAUUAAUUCAAUAAGGAAACCACGGUGCCAAAUACACGAAUGAUCAGAAAUGUCCGCAUUGAAGUGUCGACAUCCACGGACCGCCCGCCUCUCUCGGCCCCCUUAUUAUUAUACAACUUCCGACAUCUUGUCUUUCCCUUCUCUCUCUUCGUUUGAUCGCGCCGUCCACUCUUUGCCCUUCCUGUGAUCAGCUCUGCGGAACGACCUCUAGUUAAAAUGGACGAGGUGUAGCAUCUGUACUCGAGCUCGGUGGUGUUGGUGUAGACUACAAUAGUACACUUUCACUUCUGUUUCAUAUUCCCGAGGGCACCGCAUGAUACAGUAGGGAGAAUGGCAGUGUUCCAGGAUUUUCACAGUAAAAACUGUCAACGUUUAGCUCCAAUCCCUCGAUACAGUCAAUUUCACGUAGAACCUAUUUUGUAUAUGACUUAGUUGACCUGCCAAUUAGCAGAUCCAGAUGAUGUGCUUCCAAUAUCAUUGAGGACUUUUACCUUGCAAAACUGGAAGUUCCCCCUUUGGUCUCUGAGACACAGCCUUGCAAGGUUGUUGGUUCAAUCCUCAGCACCUCCUUAAAGGUGUAGAGUCUAGCAUAGGUAGCCUUGAGAAAGAUACCCAACCCCUGUCUGCUCCCCCAAUGGCCUACU